CCAGUUAAUAGCAUGCCUGGCGAGAUGUACGGAUACGGCCCCAGUUGGAUCGUCUUAUCCUCGAUGCCCGAUCACCGUUACUAUCCGCGACAUAUCUGCCAUGCAGCUUCCUCUGCACCGUAGGGCAACCAAGGCCGUGGUCUGUUCUACCAUGGCCGGGAAUUUAGGGGGUAUCGGCAGUGUUUGUUGACCAGCUGACCAUGUGAGUGGAUCACCCUGCGGUGCGAAGCGCGAGAAGCGCAGUUUCUCAACGUGUCAACUGGUCAACUCUUGCCAAAAGCUUCUUUCUAGUUGAAUGGAGCUCCAGCAAUUUCGAGAUUCGACCAAUACCCAUGCGUGGAUCGGACAUCACAUUCCAUCAUUCCCUCACUUCCGGGCCACCGAGGAAUCGUCUAACCAUCACCAACCGUCAGGGCUGGGGCGGAUUGAGGUUUGCUUUCCGCUCCAUUUGACUGCUCUUUCCUGUAGUGCAAGCGUCUUAUUUGGCCUUAUAUGGCAGGAAGUAUUACCUGGGUUCGUGUCACUCCAGCCCGGCUCCCCGGCUCCACUUGAACUCCUUUCCAUUUUCCAAUGCGUCGACAUGUUUGUCUCUCGCGGCUUUCUUCCCCGUAACCUCUUACCCUAGACCUCGAGCACUACGACCCCAAAGUUCCCGCUCACCUCGUAUAAUGCCGCACUGACGAGCUUAGUAGUCGAGAACGAGAGAGUAAUCGAUGUAACCAGCCAUCCUCUAUGCCUAGGCACAUACCCCUCUUAUCUCUCUAAUAUCAGGUAGGUACCAAGACGGGAAUCCCAACUGGCCACUUGGCCGAGGGGCAAGUGCACUACCUACCGUAUAAUCACAUGAACCCAUGACCGUGCAGGGAUUUAUCGCACCGGUAACUCGCGCCAUUAGGUUUAUCUUUACUACCCCCCCCCCCCCCC